AUGUCCUGUAAAAGAAGCAAAAGUGAUUAUUCGGCGCCGAAUAAAAAAAGGAAAACUUUAACGUUAGAUUAUAAACUUAAUAUAAUCAAGGGUUUUGAUAGUAGUAUGAAGGUCUGUGAACUCGCGAGAAAGUUUGAUCUCUCGGAAUCCAGUAUACGGACAAUUAUAAAGGACAAAGAAACAAUUCUCACGGCUGUGAAAAAUACGCAGUCGUUAAACUCUACCAUAAUUCGCAAACGUCAUGGUAUUAUUGCGGAAAUGGAAUCAAUCUUAAAAUCAUGGUGCGAUAAUCAAGUCCAUGUAAAAAACUGUCCAGUUGAUCAAAACACCGUAUGUAGUCAAGCAAAGUUAAUUUUUGAAAAAUUAAAAGAAAAAGCUGGAGAAGCGGUCAAAGACGAAACCUUUGCUGCCAGUAACGGUUGGUUCGACCGAUUUAAAGUUCGUUGUAAUUGGCAUAGUAUUGCCGAGAGCGGAGAAGCGGCCAGUGCAGACAGAGAGGCCGCGGUUUCUUUUCCCAAAACAUUAAAAAGUUUGAUUGUGGAAGGUGGUUACACGAGCCAAACCAUAUUCAACGUGGAUGAGACAGGUUUAUUUUGGAAAAAGAUGCCUAAAAGAACAUUUAUAGCUCGCGAGGAAAAAACAUUUCCAGGUUUCAAAGAGUCUAAAGACCGUUUGACCGCGAUGGUUGGUGCGAAUGCAGUAAAUUAA